AUUUGUCUACGCGUUUGUAGUCGAGGUAUUACGGUUAUGAGCAACAUGGCUGCCUCAUGAAGAGCUGUGUGCAGCGAAUAGGUUUCGUAACAUUUUGAUAGGGUUACCUGCUCUUUUUUUUUUUUUUACAAACCUGACUGUGUAUGUCGUCUAAUUCAGCAUUCUCCAUGUUGACUAAUAAAUUUUCAUCAUUGGAGAGUUUCCUGCUUCUGGUCUCCAGGCAUGCCAGCCAGCUUGCCAGACAGCGCUAUGACGUCAUUGUGGUGGGUGGAGGUCAUGCAGGGACCGAGGCGGCAGCGGCCGCCUCCAGGGUGGGAGCGCAGACGCUGCUGGUCACACAGAAAAUACAAACUAUUGGUGCCUUGUCAUGCAACCCGUCCUUGGGCGGAGUAGGCAAGGGUCACCUUGUGAAGGAAGUGGAUGCUUUAGACGGGAUUUGUGGUCGAGCAGGAGACUGGGCUGGCAUCCAUUUCUCCAUCUUGAACCGGAGGAAAGGCCCUGCUGUGUGGGGGCCACGGGCUCAACUAGACCGCCAACGCUACCGCCAGUUUAUACAAUCAGAGCUGCUAUCCACUCCCGGACUGACGAUUCUGGAGGGAUCUGUAGAGGAGCUUCUUGUGACAGAACCAAACCCAGAAGAGCACGGACAGCACAAAGUCACCGGAAUACGCUUGGCUGGUGGAAGCCUUCCAAUCUCUGCUGGCUCUGUGGUUCUUACCACUGGUACGUUCCUCUCCGGUUCCCUCUUCAUGGGUCAGACCAAUUCCCCUGGAGGCCGGAUUGGAGAUGCCCCGUCCAGCACCGGGAUGUCCUACACGCUGCGGGAACGGCUGGGGCUUAAGCUAGGUCGACUCAGGACGGGGACCCCUCCCAGAAUUGUGAAGAGUUCUGUUGACUUCCAUGAGGCUACGCUGCACCCCCCUGACAGUCAGCCUAGUCCCUUCAGCUUCCUGAAUACACACACUCACUGCAAGCCUGAGGAGCAGCUGCCAUGCUUUUUGACCUAUACCAGUCCUGGUGUGGAAAACAUGGUGAGGGAGAGUGUUCAUCUCAACUGUCACAUACAGCAAGACACCAAAGGCCCCAGGUACUGUCCCUCAAUUGAGUCCAAAGUACUUCGCUUUCCGGGCCGCAAGCAUCAGGUGUGGCUGGAGCCUGAAGGCAUGACCUCUGACCUCAUAUACCCUCAGGGUCUGUCUAUGACUAUGCCCCCUGACAUUCAACUCCGCCUCAUCAGAGAGAUCCCGGCCUUGCGCAGAGCCGAAAUCCAGACACCUGGUUAUGGUGUGCAGUAUGACUUUGUGUGCCCGACUCAGCUGAGCCCUGCACUGCAGGUGAAAAGCACUCAGGGUCUCUUUCUCGCCGGGCAGAUUAACGGGACCACAGGGUACGAGGAGGCUGCAGCACAGGUAGGUACAUUCAACGUUUUUUUUAUGCAUAGGUGCCAAGACCUUGCUCACUGUUUUAUGCAGGGCUUGUGGGCGGGGGUCAACGCUGCCCGUGCGGCUCUCUCCAUGCCGACAAUGGCGCUGUCUCGGACUAAUAGCUACAUUGGCGUUCUUAUCGACGACCUGAUAACGCGAGGUGUCACGGAACCAUACAGGAUGUUCACAAGUCGGGCUGAGUUUCGCACGUCUCUAAGGCCGGACAACGCAGACUUGCGCCUAACACUGAAAGGUUUUGAGGAGGUGGGAUGUGUGUCAUCCAUGCGGUACAAGGGGACUGUGCGAGUGCGGGACAGCCUUCAGGAAGCUCUAGCAGCUCUCCAGGAUGUCUCCAUGUCCAUCAUCAACUGGAGAGACAAGCUUCCACAUGUGCACAUCAGUGAGACGAAGGCUGGCAUUCUGACUGGCUCAGAGCUGUUACAGUACAACGACGUGUCCUUUGAAACGUUAGCAGCCGCCUUCCCAGAAUGCCUUUCAGCGUACAGGGAAUUUGCACAAAGGCUGAAGAUAGAAGCUGUGUACAGGCCCCACUAUAUGUACCAGCAAAAGGAAAUGGAGAGAAUUCAAAAGGAAGAGAGCAUGUCUCUCCCACAGGACUUGGACUACUUCUCUCUGCCGGUGUCUCUCUCUCAGGAAGUCAGAGAGAUUUUGGACAGAGUUCGGCCCACCACAUUGGGUGCUGCAACACGUUUGCAAGGAAUAACUCCGGCUGCGAUCGUCAACCUUUUCAACUAUGUUCGACACUCGGACAGGAAGCUGAAAAGAAUGCAGAGGAGCUAACCCCACCAAAAAGAGUGAAGAAAAGCUUUGUAUGAAAAAAUAUUUACACAUAUUCACCUGAGAUGCUCAUACUUAAAAUGUUCACAAAUAAAUUACCAUAUUUUAAGACCACACAAACAA